AAACAGCGGUUCUUGUACAAAGACUAGCAAAAAGAAAGGAUUCUGCUGCCCUGGUUAUUCGCGAUUUUGGUUUUGGAAAAUGGCGAGAAAUUCCGAUCAAGACGCUAGUUCACUAUGUCAUAUCGGUGAAGAGAAUGAAGAAGAUGGUAUCCUCCGUUGUCAGUUGAAUAUAUCGAGAACAAAUAUUAAAGUCCUUGGUGAAAGCAUCGUCAAUUUAUCACAGGAGGUAGAAAAUGCACUCUUGAGAAGUAAAUGGUCAACUCAGUUGAAGGUUGAUGAAGGAAUAGGCAAAGAACAGAUCCAGUCACCUAUAGAAGAUACAAUAUCAAUAUGCACAGAACUGAAUACUUCUUCAGAAUGCUUUGAAGAUGUUUCUGCAGCACUCAAACAAAGAGAGUCAUCCCUUCAAGAAACUGUCAAAGCUUUAACCAAAGAGAUCGCUGACCUGAAAGACACUUGACAGACUUCAGUGGUCAGCUAAGGAUUCACCAGAAUACAUGAACAACAUUUGGAGUAGGACAGAUCAAUAAAGGAUAAAGAUAUUGUCUUUGUAUGUUUUGGCAAUCUGGACUUUCCGAUGGCUGAAAGAAUUUAGAGUGUAAAAUCAACCUCUAAAUGGAGACUGGAAUAGGAUUGCGAACCAAAACUGGGGAACCUGUUUUGUAGGCAGUUACCUACGUUUGAAAGAAAUACUAAUAGCAAUUGGUGUUGAUUUAGGUAUUUGUAUUAUAGUUCAUUGCAAUAAGCCAACAACAUAUAUGAAGUAAAAAAUGAAUUAGCUUCUAAACUUUUUGCACAUAUGUUGAAUCUAACCUCACAGUUCACACAAGAGAACUCCCCCUGAACUUGCAAUUGAUUGCAAGUUUCUUGCAACACCCUAUGAAAGUGCUUUUCAAAUAGGAUUUUUAAAUGUUAUAACAAUUGAAUUGGCUAACUUUUUAACAAAAGUUUUAUCAAAAUUACUUGGGAGAAGAAAAGUAUUGCUACACUUCUGUGUAAAAAUG